CGUUAGGAACAGCAUUUGAGAUGACUGCAGUGGAGAAGAUUGAGGAGCAGCUUGCUAGUCUGCACAUAGCAAAACGUUCUACGCUAAGUGAGGAACCUGCUUACUUACUGGAUAUAGACGUUUCCAAACCUGCUCAAUCUGAAAGCAGUCGUUUUGUGGCAGUUUCGUGUUCCAAUAAGUCAAUUAGGGUAUAUAACAGGGAAACAUUAAACUUCCUGCGGGAGUACCGUAGCUGUCCUGGGAUACUUAAUGGAGUCAGAUUUGCACACGCAUGUGACAGCAUAGUGUUUUCAGCAUGCAGUGAUGGUACAGUAAAAUGUUGGGAUAUUCGUUUAGCCACUCAGAAAGCUGUGCAGAUAUUUAGUGGCUAUCCUUCCAACAUUUUCAUCAGUUUUGAUAUCAACUGCAGUGAUCUCAUAAUUUGUGCUGGAACAGAAAAAGUCGAAAAGGACACGUUUCUGGUGUUUUGGGAUGCAAGAGGCAUUACAAACUGUGCCAGCGCAGCUGAAGAACCGUUGGGAGUCUAUUCUGAAAGUCACAAUGAUGAUAUCACUAAAAUUUGUUUUCAUCCUAUCAAACCCAAUUUGGUAGUUUCUGGGUCAACUGAUGGGUUGGUUAAUGUGUUCGACAUUAACAAGGAUAACGAAGAUGAUGCUUUGAUAUCAACUUGCAACUCCAAUUCAUCAGUAAGUUUUAUUGGCUGGUCUGGGAAAGAUUAUAAACAGGUCUACUGCAUGACGCACGAUGAGGGAUUUUGUUGGUGGGACAUUGCUCAGUUAGAUACCGAAGAACCGAUAACACUAUUGCACGUUCUGGAUGUCAGAGACGCAGUCUGCAUUGAAAACGACAGCUUACAUUACCUGGUAGGUGGCUUGUACCACGAAAAGGCAGACAAACUCUUUCUCAUCGGGGGAACGUCCACAGGAAACAUUCACCUCAUCAGCUGCAGCACCGACGGACUGAGCCUGGUGGGUACCCUUUGCGGAGGACACGCUGCCACUGUUCGCUCCUUCUGCUGGAACCUGAUAGAUGAGUCUCUGUUGACGGGUGGAGAGGAUGCUCAGCUGUUGCUAUGGAAACCCAGAGCUGUGGAAAGGUCCCUCGCAAAGAAAGCAUCUAUGAAGAUUGCUUCUUCCGUGCAGAAGAGAGUAAGAGUUCACAACAGCUCCCUCAAAAGCAGGAAAAAGUAA